UUGGGAGUGAUACACUGCUCUUCAUUUUAUGUGUUCUGCUCUUCAUCUUCUUCUCCCGAAAUUCUCUCCAUUUUCUUUGAUAAAAAAUACAACAGGAAGAAAAGCAAAAUCAACCAAGAGACUAGUCGCAGCACUUCCAGAUGACUCUGCCACCAAUUUUCACUAGCUGAGCUCAAAGCUGCUACUCACAACUUCCACGAAAGCUUGAGGCUUGGUGAAGGUGGAUCUAGCAUUGUAUACAAAGGGCUCAUAGAUAAUGGGGCUUUUGACUUUUGCUGUCAAACGCAUGAAACCAAAUAAUUUUGGUGGUGGACCUUGUCAAUUCCUAACUGAGGUGCAGUUGCUAAGCCAACUACACCACCAACAUCUUGUUUCUCUGAUUGGGUUUUGCUAUGAGGGAAAUGAAAGAAUCCUAGUGCAUGAAUACAUGAAGCAUGGGACCUUGCGUGAUUAUCUCCAAGGUCGGGGAUUUGAUCCACUCCCAUGGAAGCUGUUGAAGUUAGCAAAUAUCAGUUAUGUUUUUUAAUUUGUAACUGUUUUUUUUAGUUUUCUGCAGUUAAGGUCUAUGGUUUCUGGUAGUUUUCUUUUAUAAAACUGAUAUGUACGAGUUGCUUAUAUUUUUAGCAACUCUUAUGUCUUGAUAUAUUCAUCUGAAAUGAAAAGAGAGCUCCAUAUCAGAGAAGCUCUUGUUCUGAAAGUUUCUGGUUCUGCAGUUUCUGUUCUUUUACUAUGCUGAAAAAACUUACAAUUAGUAU